UAGAAGUACUAAAAACUGUCAAAAAUUUUUAAUCACUUCUUUAAUGGUGUAAAAUGUAAACAACUAUUUUUUAUAUUAUUAUUACUAUUGUAGUGAUUUAAUUUUUUAUUAAAUACUCUAAAGUAAGGAAAAUAAUAAUUCGAGGAAAAUGUUAAGGAGUUAUGAAGGAAUAAGAUAUGCCUCUGACAAGCAAGUCGUUGUUUUCGACAUUGGCAAUGCGUAUACAAAAUUUGGAUUCGCGGGUGAACCGAGUCCUCGUGGAAUUAUAAAAACAGAGGUUAAGUGUCCUGAGGCGAAGGAGAUUCGUCGAAUUUUCAGUUAUAAGGACACUGAAGACUUGUAUCAACUUCUUGUGGAAUUUUUACAUUUUUUAUUUUUCAAGCAUGCAGUAAUUAGUCCAAAGGAUGUAAAAGUCGUUGUAUUGGAGUCACUUUUAACGACAACACAAUUUCGUGACACACUCGCUAAAGUUUUGUUUCGUCACUUUGAAAUUGGUUCACUAAUGAUUUUAUCCUCACAUCUUGUUGCAAUAAGCACUUUGGGUACUGAAACGGCACUUGUUCUCGAUGUUGGUUACGAGGAGGCGGUUUUAAUUCCAAUUUUCGAGGGGAUUCCUGUUUUAAAAGCCUGGCAGGCUCUUCCUCUUGCCAGUCGUGCCGUUCAUGAUUCUAUUAGGAAAGAAAUGAAAGACGCUCUACCGGAUUUAGAAUUAGCGGAUAGAGUAGUAGAGGAUAUUAAAGUGAGAACAUGUUUUGUUACAACGAGAGAAAGAUCCGUGAAAUUGGGAGACGAAGAUGGAUUAUCACCACCGCCAGCAGUCAAAUACCCGGGUGUUAAAACAUUUGAAAUUCCAGGAUUCGUCAGGGAAAAAGCUUACGAAGUACUUUGGGAACGAGAUAAUGACAAUCUUAGUAUUCCCACUAUGAUUUUGGAUGCAAUAGUAAAAUGUCCAGUUGACAUGAGACGAGUAUUGGCGGAAAAUAUUCUUCUAGUUGGAGGAACAACAAUGGCCCUUGGUUUUGCGAGUCGUCUCAAAAGUGAAUUAUUGUAUUUAGUGAGCAGUGAACUUUAUUCGGAGAAAUUAAAAGUGAGAAAAUUUAAAUUUCACACAGCUCCAAGUUACGCUAAUUAUACAUCAUGGCUUGGCGGUGCCAUUUUUGGUAUCGCCGAUUUACCACUAAGAUGCAUCAGCAAAGAGAAUUAUUUAAAAACAAAUAGAGUUCCAGACUGGGCUAAUCUUAUGGAUAAUCAGAAACUACCGACAAAUUGUGGCCUCUAAAUUCUGUUUUUUUUUAAACUAACUAACUUUAAAAGAACAAUUGUGUAAAAUAUUUCCUAAACUAUAAUUAUUAAUUUAUUAUAUACGCUUGUUAAUUUUUUUUCUAAUAAAACAAAAAGCUGUAAAUUUAUACUUUGUUUUAAAUAAAACAAAUUUUGUAAACUUUA